GGGCGGGGCCACGACAGGAUCUCCGCUGUCCCGGGUGCUGGAACGCUCUCCGCCAGGAAGGUCUCGCUCCCUCCCCUCCUGCCCUCCCUGGCUGUCCAAGUCGCAGGGUACUCAAGGCGGGACUCCCCAGGCUAGGGAGCCGCGAUCGGGCCCCGCCCCAGGCGCUUCGCUCCGGGCCAGGCGGCCGCGAGAGCCCGGGAGCGCUCCGCUCCCCAGCCCGGCGGGCUUCCAGGGCACUUCCCCUAGGCUGCGUUCCCGAAAGCUCCCGAGAGCGAGGGGGAGCUGUGACCUCAUCAGUCACCCCUCACCCCAGGCUCUGUGCUCACCCCUGCCUGGUGGCUUCCGUUGGUGCUCCGGCGUGAACAUGGUGCAGAGAUACCAGUCUCCUGUCCGAGUCUACAAGUACCCAUUUGAGCUGGUCAUGGCGGCCUACGAGAAGCGCUUCCCCACCUGCCCCCAGAUCCCUGUCUUCCUGGGCAGCGAGGUCCUGCGCGAGUCCCGCAGCCCCGACGGGGCAGUGCAUGUGGUGGAGCGGAGCUGCAGGCUGCGCGUGGACGCCCCGCGGCUGCUGCGGAAGAUCGCAGGUGUCGAGCACGUGGUCUUCGUGCAGACAAACAUCUUGAACUGGAAGGAGAGGACACUUCUCAUCGAAGCGCACAACGAGACCUUCGCCAACCGAGUGCUGGUGAACGAGCACUGCAGCUACACGGUUCACCCUGAGAAUGAAGAUUGGACUUGCUUCGAGCAGUCUGCUUCGCUGGACAUCCGGUCCUUCUUUGGCUUUGAAAAUGCCUUGGAGAAGAUUGCCAUGAAGCAGUACACUGCCAACGUCAAGAGGGGGAAGGAGGUGAUUGAGCAUUACCUGAAUGAGCUCAUCUCCCAGGGCACCUCGCACAUUCCCCGCUGGACGCCUGCACCAGUCCGUGAGGAGGAUGCCCGCAACCAGGCUGGACCAAGGGACCCUGGCUCCUCGGAGGCCCAGGGGCCCAGUAGUGCUCUGGGCCCUGCUCUGGAGGCGGUCGGUAUGGAUGGGGACAAGCUGGACGCGGACUACAUUGAGAGGUGCCUGGGCCAUCUCACGCCCAUGCAGGCGAGCUGCCUGAUCCAGCUUCGGCUCUGGUUACAGGAGACCCACAAAGGCAAGAUUCCCAAAGACGAGCACAUCCUUCGCUUCCUGCGGGCUCGUGACUUCCACCUGGACAAGGCCCGGGAAAUGCUGUGCCAGUCCCUGAGCUGGCGGAAGCAGCACCAGGUGGAUCUCCUCCUUCAGACCUGGCAACCCCCCGCCCUGCUGGAGGAGUUCUAUGCUGGGGGCUGGCAUUACCAGGACAUCGACGGCCGCCCCCUCUACAUCCUCCGCCUGGGCCAGAUGGACACCAAGGGCUUGAUGAAGGCCGUGGGGGAGGAGGCACUGCUGCGGCACGUUCUCUCUGUCAACGAGGAAGGACAGAAGCGGUGUGAGGGGAGCACAAGGCAGCUGGGCCGUCCCAUCAGCUCCUGGACCUGCCUGCUGGACUUGGAGGGACUCAACAUGCGGCACCUGUGGCGGCCAGGGGUGAAGGCCCUGCUGCGGAUGAUCGAGGUGGUCGAAGACAAUUACCCAGAGACCCUGGGCCGGCUGCUUAUCGUGCGAGCCCCCCGAGUCUUCCCCGUGCUCUGGACGCUGAUCAGCCCCUUCAUCAACGAGAACACCAGGCACAAGUUUCUCAUCUACAGUGGCAGCAACUACCAGGGACCCGGGGGCCUUGUGGACUAUCUGGAUAGAGAAGUGAUCCCUGACUUCCUUGGGGGAGAGAGUGUGUGUAACGUCCCCGAAGGAGGGCUGGUCCCCAAGUCUCUCUACAUGACGGAAGAGGAGCAGGAGCAUGCAGACCAGCUGCGGCAGUGGAGUGAGACCUACCAUUCAGCCAGUGUGCUCCGAGGUGCCCCUCACGAGGUGGCCGUGGAGAUUCUGGAAGGGGAGUCGGUCAUCACCUGGGACUUUGACAUCCUGCGAGGGGACGUGGUGUUCAGCCUGUAUCACACCAAGCAGGUGCCCAGGCUGGGUGCCCGGGACCCGGGGACCAGGGCCAGCGGGCAGCUGAUUGACAAAGGCUGGGUCCUGGGCAGGGAUUACAGCCGCGUGGAGGCUCCCCUCGUCUGCCGGGAAGGGGAGAGCAUCCAGGGCUCCCAUGUGACCCGGUGGCCCGGAGUCUACCUGCUGCAGUGGCAAAUGCACAGCCCCCCUGGCAGCGUGGCCUGCAGCCUCCCAGGAAUGGAUGACGUCCUGACUGCUCUGCACAGCCCAGGCCCCAAGUGCAAACUUCUCUACUACUGUGAGGUGCUCGCCUCUGAAGACUUCAGGGGCUCCAUGUCCAGCCUGGAAUCCUGCACCAGUGGCUUCUCCCAGCUCAGCACCACCACUUCGUCGUCCUCCUCCGGCCAGUCUCAUAGCAGCUCCCUGGUCUCCAGAUAGCCGGGCUGAGUGUUUCAGGGCCGCCUGCUGGCCUCCAGUGUCCAGAAAUGUCCAGAAUGAGAAGCCAGCUCACCACAGGGCCUGGGACCAUGUGGGCUGAAGCCCCAGGCCUAGAUGCUACCCAAGCUGGGGUGUGUGGAGUGGAUGGCAAGGAUCCAGCCCAGGCCUGUGUGUGGUGUCAGGGCUCUUGAGGUUGCAAGGACAGAAUCAUCUCCUUCCGGCUUUGUGGAAGGAAGACCAAGGCCAAGACCAAGGCAUCUUCCAUGCCACAACUUCGUGUCUCCCUGGAUCCAGGCUUAGCGAUGUCAGCCAGGUCCAGCUCCCCGCUCUCCACGUCUUGCUCUGCUUUCACUAUGCAGAGGACCAUCACUGUUAGGUGCCCUUCCCCCACCAGCAGCUCGCCUGCAUAAGGGAGCCUCUUCUUCCCAAAGGCUCCUACCCACAUCCCAGAGUUGAGUCUUAGCCUGGAAGGGGGGUGGUUCCCAGGUCAAAUCCUGAACCUAUCACAGUUGCCAGGGACAUUGGAGAAUGCUGAUUGGCCAGCAGGGUCAUGUACCCCAUCUGGACCAAUCACUGUGACCCAGGGGUUGCAGUGAGGUGCAGGGAUUGACUAGUCUGGAUCACAUGCACAUCUCUGGAACCAACCACCUGCUUUGAAAAGGGCUAAUGGGUGCCUCAAGGAAGAUUGGGAUCCCUCCUAGGAAGAAGUAGGAAAGGAUGCUGGGGAGGCAGAAAUGCAGGGUGUUCACCUUGGCAUUUGAUUGCAUAACAACGUUCUGUUAUGCAGUAUCAAGAUGCGCUUGGUGAGCAGUUAAGUGAGUUACAGGCACUGUUCUUUGGGGGAACAGCACACCCUGCACUGAAAAUCCAUGUCCCCUGCACUUGGCCAGUGUGGCCUAACCCUGACGAUCCCUGAUUGGAGAGGGUGGGAGAGCCCUGGGUUUCUGCUGAUUUCAGGCAGCGAUGCGCAGACUGAGGCUGCUUCAGGUAUGGCUGAAUCUGGAAGCUUAACGUCCUCAGGCCUUUCACCUGCACCCAGGCCUCUCAACUCUGCAUCUCUUUGCAUGCUCACCUCAUUAUUUCUUCCAUCUGGUGGCAAAGGUGGCUGCCAGCAGCCCAGGGCCUGUAACUUCGGGGUUCACAAUCUCUAAGAGAUGCUUUUCCAUCUCCAAUCUCAUGGAAGGCUCUGAUUGGCCCAGCUUGAGUCACAUGUUCAUUCCUGUGGCCCACACUGGCAAGGAGCUAGGGUCCUGUGAUUGGCAUUCCCUCCAGAAGCAGCAGCAGGAUUGGGAGGGUCAGUCCCCUAGUGGACAAGAGAAGCUGGACCACAGAACCAGCAGGUUCCAUGGUGGCGUCGCUACGGCCGGCACUCCUUCCAUGUGGAGGUCUCUGGGACCCACGCUGAAGCAUUAUCAAGGUCAUUCUUCUUGCCUUCGGGAGGCCUGGAAUUAAACAUAAUCCAAGGAAGGGAUUGCCAAGCUUUUGCAUUUCCCCUGAGCCAAAGGCUGAAGAUGCCUUGGCUUGGGCUGCUUACAUCAUUAAUUCAUUAAUGCAUUGCGACCAGGACAGAAGCAACCCACAAGUAUCGUGACCAUUGGUGUCUGGGUGCCUGGGUCUUGAAUGUAGACCAGGACUCAAACCCCAGCCUUCCUUUCACUAGCUGUGUAACCUUGAGCAGGUGACUUAACCUCUCUGUGCCUCAGUUUCCUCAUCUGUAAAGUGAGGAGAGCAGUGCCUACCUCAAUAGGUUGUAGUGAGAUGAAAUGAGAGUGGCUGUUGAGCCUUCAGCACAGCUCCCAGAAUGCAGAAAGCGCUUAAUUAAUGUCAGUGGUCAUUCUGAUUACUUAAUGCUUCUCAUCCAAAGACUCCAGUUUUUUUCCUGAGGUCGCCUAUCACUGUUUUUCAUGAUUGCACCCAGAAUACUCAAGAACUCUUUCUCUCUGAGUUGGGUGUGCAGUCUUUUUUAGAAACUGCUUGUAUGGGCCGGGUGUGGUGGCUCACACCUAUAAUCCCAGCACUUUGGGAGGCUUAGGCCGGCAGACUGCUUCAGUGCAGGAGUUCAAGACCAGCCUGGGCCACAUAGUGAGACCCUGUCUCUACAAAAAAAUUUAAAAAUGAGCCAGGCAUGGUGGUGCACACCUAUAGUCUCAGUAGCUCAGGAGGCUGAAGCAGGAAGAUUGCUUGGAGGUCGAGGCUGGAGUGACCCAUGAUCGCACCACUGCACUUCCUCCUGGGUGACAAAGCAAGACCCUGUCUCAAGAAAAGACGAAACUGCUUGUGUUUUCUGGGCAAAUUCUCCAGUCUGAAGGAGUGUAUUCUGAGCGGUAUUUCCCUUGGCAGUUAGAGAAGGUUUUUUCCCAGAGGUUGAAAUAUGGAGAGCUUGAGAUUCUUUUCUUUCUACCCUGCAUUCUCUGGAAUUCCCCUCCCCCGUAAAACUAAUUGUUCAAUGAGAAUAGUAUAAUUCUUUUCAACAAAGUCUGUUUGAGCCGGUGAAACAUGAUGGGUUUUUUGCCUGAUCAUUUGCUCCAACCAGCAGCAUUAAAUGUUUUCUAUUUGGAUAAACUCACAUCUCCAUCUUCCUAAAACCCUGGAGGUUUUCUGUGGGCUCAAACAGGAAUUUUCCGGCUGUUGUUUAAAAGACUUUAGAGCAAGCUUGUUCAGCCUGGGGCCCAUGGGCUGCAUGCAUCCUAGGACUGCUUUAAAUGCAACCCAACACAAAUUUGUAAACUUUCUUAAA